GUGUGUGUAUGUGUCCAUGCACGCACACACGCACACGUUCACGCACACACAUGCAUGUCUCUACAUGAAUGUACAUGGAGUGUGCGUGCACCUGAACUUGCGGCGGCAGUAGAGUGUCAUCGACGCGAUUGUGUGCGUGUACCAGAUUCGUUAUCGAAAACGCAUAGCCAAGUACAGGGCUGUUCAUGAGUAUUCAGAGAUGGUCGGAGUCGAUCGGUAUACUAGCGUGUAUACGUAAAUAACGGGGCGGAUAGAAACAAUAGGAAUGCAAUCGAACGAGAUUGUUGAGGAUGGAGCGGAUGUAUGUACGCAGAGGCUCGAGAAGAGGAAUUGGGCUAAGGCCGUGGAUAGCGUGGUCGAUGAAAUAAGAAGAGAGAGGAGUAAGUUGACGAAAGAGCGAGUUCGAGCUUGGUGAAAGAUAUUAACGUGCAUUGAAACGGGUUUGAACGAAGUAAACAAUCUUUACUCUUUUAAAGCAUCGAAUCCUCGUUACCAGUCAUUCCGUACUUAUACCUUUUAGAGAUUUUCUUUGUUAAUCGAUAUUUGUCGAUAUCACGAUCCUCUAAUUUCGGUUACAUUGUAUUCGUAGAGGGAUAGAAUUAUUCGAAAUAUUUCAUUUCCAAAAUUCAGCAACGUGACUCGCACUAAGCCAAUAUGUCGUCACUGAUCGUUAUAACAUAUAAUAGAAAUCAUUAUUUCGAACAAUUUCGUAAAGAAGACAUAUAACGCUAAAAUUUGAUUGUACUUGUACAUUCGGCAUUUCAUUAAUUCAUAACUUACGUAGUUGAUACGUAUAAGAAUUAAUUUCAUCGUCAUUUGACGCGUUCUUUAUAGGUUUUAUAAACAAUAGAGCUUUACAAAUUCUAAGAAACUAUUCUGAAUUCAAGCGUUUAAAAUGAAGGUAGAUACAAAUACUGAUUGUUUUACAGAAAAAAUACUGAUCGAACACAUUUCUAGAGAAAUUCGUAUCACUCAAUUUUCGAAAAAUCGUACCAAGAAAUAAGACACGAUAUAUACAUUUUGAUACCUGCCGACACCCAAAUAGUAGACACACGAGGAUUUUGGCUGCUCACUUCCUCGAGCCAAUAUCUACGGUGUGUCGAGAACGUAAAUAAAACUGGACUACCUCUGAGUGGUUGUUAUCGUCAGUUAAUAACGGGACAACAUAUUUUUAAGCAGGCGAUAAAAACACAUGGGGCACGUAGAUUUUAUAACUGACCACAUCCUCUGAUUAAUGCAAUAUAUAUCUAUAUGCACCACUGUUAAUUCGACGUUAGUGAAAAGCAAACACGCGAAAUUGAAACAUAGGUCAUAGAACAGGGUGUAUAAAAGAUUGUCAACCGAAAUGAAUUCGUACGAUGACGAUCAAUUAAAAUUGAUCACCUCUAUCGAAAACGACGAUAUAGGAACGGCAAUAGAGAUCUGCACCACGAGAUUCGAUAAAAAAUUCUUACAGCCUGUUGGAGUACUGCGCGUGACUAUCGUUCAGUUGGCUGCUUGGCAAGGGAAUAUUGAAUUAUUGCAACUAUUGUAUGAAAAUGGAGCUGAUAUCAAUGCCACGGACAAAAUUGGCAGAUGUGCGCUUUUUCACGCGGCGCAUCAUGGAAACUGCGAAGUGGUGAAUUGGUUGUUGGAACAUGGAGCUUCCACGGAAAAUAGAGUCGGGGUUGAUUCUUGUUACAAGAAUACUCGUUCACCUUCGAACCUGUGUUUUAUUGGUCAAAACUUACCUACGCCAGAGUGUUGGGGAAGGACACCCAUGCACCAAGCUGUGAAGAACAAUCACGCUGCGGUAGUCAAGAUCCUGGUGGAAGCUGGUGCUGAUGUGAACGCGGAAGACGAACGUGGAAUCACACCAUUGCUUCUAGCAGGGACCGCAAUCGUAAAAGAAGAUUUCAACGAAAUUUCCAAAUUUAAUGACAUCGUCGAGAUUCUCGUAGCAGCGAAAGCUUCGACCAACGUCAUCGAUCCUAAUACAGGUACUACCGUAUUGCAUACUGCGACCUCACUAGGAAGUUGUUCGGCGACGAAAAGGUUACUGAACGGUGGUGCGUGGCCUCUUUAUCAAUGCAAAGGCACAGGAAGUACUCCUCUUCAUCUCGCUGCCAGCACGGGUAACCCAGAGGCGCUUUCGAUCCUUCUAGAGAGCAUACCUUCUUGUGAUAUCGACAUUCGAGAUAACAUCAAUCGAACACCAUUGCAUAGAGCAGCUUACCAAGGUCACCACGACUGCGUUCGAAUACUAAUCGAUCACGGUGGCAAUUUAGGCGCAGAAACGAACACGGGAAUUACUGUCAUCGAUGCCAUAUUUGCUCACAUACCAACACCAGUCUUAUUUCUAAACGAUAUUCUGUCUUCCCGCGUUAAAAUGAGUUCCGUUGAAAGUUCCGUGGAAAAUUCCCAGAUCACCAUUGACUUCAACGUGCUAGCGCCAAAAGGAGAGCUGCAAAUGGGAGUAGUUACGUCCCUUAUUGCAGCAGCCUCGAACGUGGAACAAUUGACGAUACUACAACAUCCGCUGGUGGAAACGUUCCUCUGGUUGAAGUGGUCCAAGUUGAGAGUAUUCUUCUUUAGUCUCGUCUUCGUCCACGCCCUGCUGGUCUUUUCCCUGUCUGGUUAUUCCAUAACGAUAUUGCAAUACGAGACUGAUUGCGGCCUGUUGCGGAGGAUUCUCUCUUCCUGUUCUUGUGUCCUCUUCCUUCACAAUGUCGUUCAAGUGCUGAUGGUACCUAGAUAUUAUCUGAGACAGUACGAAACGUGGCUAUCGUUCACCUGCGCGGCGAUAUCUCUGACGAUUUCAAUGGGUAACGCUUAUAGAAGCGAGAUUACAGCUUCAUCAGGGGAAAAGGAAUUACACGAUGCUCGACAGCCCCUUCAAUGGAUGUUGCAUUCCAUCAGCCUGGCAAUCCUGCUUGCCUGGAUGCAAAUGAUGCUGUUAAUCGGCCGCCUUCCAAUGUGCGGAUAUUACGCGCUCAUGUUCUCCACGGUGCUGAAGAAUAUUCUGAAGGUUCUCCUAGCGUUCGUCUGCCUGAUUGUCGGAUUCGCGUUCAGCUUCGCCGUUUUGUUCCACGGGAACGACCAGUUUCGCAAUUCCUGGAGGGCCGUCGUGAAGACCGUGGUAAUGAUGAUGGGUGAGUACGAGUACGGGGCUCUGUUCUCGGACGAGAAGAAUGGGAGUUCCUUCCUACCAGCCACGAGCAGGGUCGUGUUCCUCGCUUUCGUCAUGCUCGCUAGUAUCGUCCUGAUGAACCUGAUGAUCGGCCUCGCGGUCAAUGACAUCCAAGGCCUCGAGAAAGAGGGACACAUUCGCCAAUUGCUGAAGCAGGCCGAGUUUGUGGCUCAUUUAGAAAGACUAGUGCUGACAUCACAUCGAAUCUUUCGCCGCAAUUGGCUACAUCCUCGGUUAGCCAGGCUGCUAGACUCGAGGCGAGGCAUUCCCACAAAAAUUACGUUCUGUUAUCACGAACGUUAUUUCCAUGAAUCAUCCCUCGGCGUGCCAGCGAGGCUGAGGGAGGCGUUGUUUCUGCUCGCCUUGGGAAACUCGCGCGACACCGAAAGGCGUGAAAAUAACAACGGGGACGAUAACGUGGAAUUAAAAGCGCUGUUGGAGGAAGUGUUGUUGCAAUUAAGGGUACCUUAUUAUCCGUCCGCCAUGAGAAAGUUUUCAGUACCUUAUAAUGCACGAACUCAAACGGGACAGAGGAAGAUUGCUAACCAGUGAAGAAAUAUAUAUGUAUACCUUUUUCUUAUGUUUUUAUUAAAAUAUCGAUGAACUCUA